UUUUUUUAUUUCUUUCUUUCCUUGAAUCAACUUCUUUUUUUUUCUCAUUAUAUUUCUCAUUGUAUCCUUUUCCCAUGUCCUUCCGUAACGUUGUAAUUUUAGGCGCUGGUGUAAGUGGUUUGACUACUGGUAUAACUCUUUUGCGCAAUGGUGCUAAACAAGUUACUGUCGUUGGUAAAUACAUUCCUGGUGGUGACAAGGAUGCUGAGUACGCUUCUGCUUUCGCUGGUGCUUCUAUCAUUACUUUUGCCUCUGUGAAGGAUAAACGUCUUCAAGAAAUUGACCGUUAUACAUAUAAUGAAUUCCAUCGCCUUGCCAAUCAAGAACCUGAAUCUGGUGUUGUUUAUUGCCCUGGUUAUCAAUAUUAUGAACGAGAAGACGCUCCUGGCGAAGAUAAUCAUUGGGUUCGCGAUCUCUUUCAAGACUAUGCAAAACUAAAUAAGGAUGAAUUACCAGAAGGAAUCGCUCAUGGUUAUCGAUUUGUUGCUUUCACUGCAAAUGUACCACAGUACCUUGGUUGGUUGAUCAAAACAUUCAAGUCCUUGGGUGGUAAAUUGGAACGACAAGCUUUUGACAGUCUUCAAAGUGUGAUGGAAACAUACAAGGAUGCUGAUACUCUGAUCAAUUGUGCUGGUGCUGGUAGCAAAUAUCUCAAGGAUGUACAAGAUAAUACUAUGUAUCCUGUUCGAGGUCAAACUGUGGUUGUUCGUGCUCCUCAUGUCAAGUUCCAACUAUAUAGAGAUGUAAGUCCUGUUGAAACCUAUUGUACCUAUAUUAUUCCUCGCUCUGAUGGUACUGUGGUAUGUGGUGGUACUAUGGACGUUGGAAACACCAAUCCCGAAGCUGAUCCUCAAUUAACCAAAACUAUCCUGGAAAAUUGCUAUAAACUUCAUCCUUAUCUCACACAUGGCCAAGGUCCUGAUGCGUUUGAUAUUGUCUCUGUCAAUGUUGGUCUUCGGCCUGGACGCAAGGAUGGUAUUCGUUUAGAAAAGGAAAUCAAAUAUCGUACCAAUGGUGAUCGGGUGAUUGUAUGCCAUAAUUAUGGACAUUCUUCUCAUGGUUACCAAUCAAGCUGGGGAUCUAGCGCCAAGGUUUUGCAACUUUUGAAGGAUGAACGUAUAUCCAAGCUAUGA